CGCUCGUUAUCAGCGCACUUCCGGCGCUUUGAUCAGGUGGCUGGAGCAGGGACUAUAUAUAUAACCGCACAAGACACACACACACACACACACACUCACUCUCACACCUGAACACGUAUACAAGCAGAAGGACAUGGCGACUUUACACGGCUUGAGCACGGAAUACUCACAACACCCCGCGUUUCCUCCGGUCACCAACCUGAGCAGGAGCGGCACCGGGCAGCCUGCAGACUACAGCUUGUAUGAGAGAGCGACUAUAGUUAAGAACAGCAGGCCCGUGAUGGACAGUGCGGUUCUUCUAACACACCGUAGGAAGAGAACCAACUUCACCCAGCAGCAGAUUGAAGUGCUGGAGAAAGUCUAUUCGGACACCAAGUACCCGGAUAUUUACUUGCGGGAGAGACUGGAGGCGCUGACUGGUUUACCUGAGUCUAGGAUCCAGGUCUGGUUUCAGAACCGACGUGCCAAAUCACGACGCCAGGUCGGAGCUCCAGUUCUUGUGAAGACCAAAGCAAGCAUUCCCAUCAUCUCAAACAGACCAGCUUCUUCUUACCCCAUUCAUCAUGAGCAGCUGGGGCAGGAGCUUAGGGGCAACUUCACUCAACUGUGCCAGGAGCCGAGAGGUAUCUUCAAUCAACCGAACCAAAGCUAUGACUCCCACUCCAUGUCCGGCUUGUUUGGUCAGGCUAGUGACGAGAGGAUCAGAGCAGAUCAGGUGAAGAGAGAGGAGCGUCAGCAGUGCCACAGGGCAAACGGACACGUUCUUGCUCAGAGCAAGCCAGAGCCUUCAGGGAAUACCAUGCUGGUGGACUAUGACAAUUUCCCUCCAAACAGAACCAUCGGUCCUGACAUGAGAGUGGUCAUCCCUCCAGUCCCGACACAUGUCAACUUCAUCCCAAACCGGUCACCACCAACACAGACCAGCUGUCCUGUGCAGCACACACAGAUCAGAGUGCCACACGGCAGCCUGGGUCACUUUUCCCCCAUUGGCGGCAGCAGCGACGCGGGAGAUUUUUCCGAUUCCGACUCCGAAUGGGAGAAAGAAGCCCUGGCUGGAUUCAAUGCUUUCAUAUAAUCCAUUUGUUCCCAUUUUUGCAGCCAUUU